AUGAUGCAACAUGUUCACUUGGUACCUGAGGAGGAUGAAGAGGACCUGUAUUCUGGAUACAAUGAUUACAAUCCAACCUAUGAUACUGAGGAUUUGGAGAACGAUGUGGCUUUUCAGGAAGCUUUGAAAACGAGUCAUGGACGAAGACCUCCGGGUACAGCUAAAGCCCCAGGGACAGCUCGUCAAUUGGGGACUGGAUUUGGUCCCAGAGCAAAUCUCACGGCAUUACCAGGAAGACUUAUGACUGCAGUUGUGCAGGAUAAUGUGGCUCCGCCAAUGACGGCUAGUCAUGCGGUCGGUUACAGGAGAGCUCCGUUAGGUCCAGUUCCUCCAUUGGAAGCCAAGAAUGACGAUACACCAGAGGAAAAGAUUAGACAAUUAGAGAAACAAGUUAAUGAGCUAAUUGAAGAAAGCUGUAUUGCUAACAGCAACGGAGAUUUAAAGUCUGCCCUGGACAAAGCAAAGGAAGCUGGGAGAAAGGAGAGAGUUUUUGGUCAGACAAAGAGAGCAGAUACUGUCUCCGGAGACUAUUAACCUGGACUUGACAUAUUCAGUGCUGUUAAACCUGGCCACCCAGUACUGCAACAAUGAGAUGUAUACAGAAGCCCUAAAUACUUAUCAAGUGAUUGUGAAAAAUAAAAUGUUCAGCCAGGCAGGCCGCUUGAAGGUCAAUAUGGCCAACAUCUAUCUGAAACAGAAGAACUAUUCUAAAGCAAUAAAAUAUUAUCGUAUGGCUCUUGACCAGAUCCCUGGUGCACACAAAGAGAUGAGGAUUAAGAUCAUGCAGAAUAUUGGGGUGAGCUUUAUCAAAACUGGGCAGUACACAGAUGCCAUUACAUCGUUCGAGCACAUCAUGAGUGAGUCUCCAAACCUAAAUGCCGGCUACAACCUGAUAUUGUGCUAUUUUGCUAUUGGAGAUCGUGACAAAAUGAAAAAAGCUUUCCAAAAACUAAUAGCUGCACCACUUGGAAUUGACGAUGAAGACAAGUAUUUCUCACUCGGCGAUGAUCCACAUUCUAAUCUUGUUAUAGAAGCAAUUAAAAAUGACAGCCUGCACCAAAUGGAGCAAGAACGGAAAGCAUUGGCUGAAAAAUACAUAAUGACUGCAGCCAAACUGAUUGCUCCAGUUAUUGAACACUCUUUUGAUGUUGGCAAUGACUGGUGUGUUGAAGCUGUGAAGACUUCGCAGUAUGUGGAACUGGCAAAUGAUCUGGAAAUUAAUAAAGCUAUAACAUAUCUGAGACAGAAGAACUUUACCCAGGCUGUGGAAACCUUAAAAAUGUUUGAGAAAAAAGACAGCAGAGUGAAGAGCGCAGCAGCAACCAAUCUCUCCUUUCUUUACUUCUUGGAAAAUGAGAACACUCAGGCAGACCUGUAUGCAGAUUUAGCAGUGACCUCAGACCGAUACAAUCCAUUAGCACUAACCAAUAAAGGAAAUGCUGUCUUUAUAACUGGAGACUAUGAAAAAGCAGCAGAAUAUUUUAAAGAAGCUUUGAGGAAUGACUCAUCCUGCACAGAAGCUCUAUAUAACCUUGGUUUGACGUACAAGAAAUCAAAUCGCCUCGAGGAGGCUCUGGAUUGUUUCCUUAAACUACAUGCAAUCCUCCGAAACAGCGCGCAGGUUCUUAGUCAGAUAGCAAGCCUGUAUGAAUUGCUUGAGGAUCCAAAUCAGGCAAUAGAAUGGCUAAUGCAGCUUAUUAGUAUAGCUCCUACAGAUUCACAAGCACUGGCUAAACUUGGCGAGUUGUAUGAUACAGAGGGUGACAAAACACAAGCCUUUCAGUACUACUGUGAGUCAUAUCGCUAUUUCCCUUCAAACAUUGAAGUCAUUCAGUGGCUGGGAGCCUACUACAUUGACACACAAUUUUGUGAGAAAGCUAUUAAGUACUUUGAAAGAGCUGCUCUUAUACAACCUACACAAGUAAAAUGGCAGUUGAUGGUGGCAAGCUGUUACAGGAGGAGUGGAAACUAUCAAAAGUCACUUGAAAAAUACAAGGAUAUUCACCGCAAGUUCCCAGAAAAUGUUGAAUGUUUGCGCUUCCUAGUCCGGCUCUGCACUGAUAUUGGGUUAAAGGAAGUCCAAGAAUAUGCAACAAAGCUAAAGAAGGCAGAGAGGAUGAAGGAGUUAAAGGAGCAGCGUGUAAGAUCUGGUAGAGACAGUAGUGCCCGGAGUCGAAGGGAUGGCAGAGAGGGCAGUGCCAGCAGUGACAGUGGGCAGAGCAGUGGCACCAGCUCAAAAGGAGACCGUCUCAGUGCUAAAUUGAAAACUCUGCCAGGAGUGAAUGACCCCUAUGAAGCAAGCUCCAAUAAAGACCUAGAUGCUUCAUACACAGACCCUCUGGGGCCACAAGUGGAGAGACCGAAAACAGCAGCAAAAAGAAGAGUUGAGGAGGAAGAGUUUGCUGAUGAAGAAUUAGGAGAAGAUCUCCUUCCCGAAUAA